AUGUACCAGCCACCGCAGUGCGACCGAUCGUUGGGUCACCGCACAACGACGUUGCCUGUUGUUGCUCCCAGUCUCAAGGUUCGUUCGUCUUGCCCGGCCCAACUAGCUGCCGUAAGUGAUUAUAACGAGAAAUUGUGUAUUUAUAGAUUGGAGCAAGCUGCCCUCCUCGCCCGGUUGAAUUGCGUAUUUGAGGAGAGUAUUGAUGACGAAAAUCUAGUUGAGGAUGUUCCCAACAAUGCCGCUAACAAUGGGGGCGCUAAUCUUGAUGUUCCAAACGACGAGGCCAUGGAAGAGAUCGUUAAGACUGACAAUAUGACGCUGCAAGGGCUUGUCGGGGUAUAUGAUGAGAAGAUGGUGGAAGAUGUAUGUGGCUAUGAUGCUUCUAAUUCGGAUGCUACUGGUGUAUCGAUUUCGUCUAUUGCCUUGCUUGGUGAAAAGCAUGGAGUUGAGAAGGAUAGAGCUGUAAGUCCUGCAGACCACCAAGUUUCAGCUUCUAAAGAAAUAUAUUGGUCGUGCAACUCCGAUGUGAAUAACAUCCUGUCAACAGUGCCUCUGCCUGCUACUGCAUUAUUGUCGGAUGUCGACGGGGAUUUCAAGUGUUUGCUGCAGGGACAUACACACGACGAGUGGGACAUCUGCUUGGGGGUCCUAAAAAAUGGAAGAGAAGUUGCUGUGAAGGUGCUUUCAGCUGAAUCAAAACAAGGAGAACGGGAGUUUAUGACUGAGAUAGACACCAUAUCUAAUGUCAAGCAUCCAAACCUUGUUGAGUUGCUCGGUUGCUGUGUUUAUGGCCGUAACCGGAUUUUGGUAUAUGAAUAUUUAGAAAACAGUAGCAUCGAUCGUGCACUAUUGGGUAAGCUAGUAAUUAGUAGCCUGAAGCGAGUGAAGGAUUUUCUACUGUCCAUUGGAUGUUCAGCUUACACAUAG